AUCGCUGUUUCCGCCGGCGUCGAAGCCACGCCAAAUCUUUCCACCUCCUCCGCGUUCAUCCCCGAAAACGAGUACGUAAUCGGACGAAUGCAGCCUCGGUUCCAACUUUCAUGGGGAACUCAUCUUGCUGAGAGCCUCCAGACACGGGUUUGAUGAGAUCAAUUUGUGGGUUGUCGGAGCUGCGUUAGAAAUCUGUGUUCCUGGUUAUUGUUUGAGUUCAGCUGCUAUGACGGGUUUGUGGCUUCAAAGGUGGGAUUGUUAACAGAGUUUCGAGCAUCUGAUGUUAGUGGUGAGUGAAACAGGCCAGGAAGCAUGCUCGCAAAUAAUCAAAGUAUUCGUCCAUGUCCCGAUUCAGAAGAGUAGCCAUGGAUCAGCCCAAGCAUAGAUGUUUUUCAUUUGCAAGUCUUCCUGUUCUUGUCAUCGUUCUAUUCUUUCUGAGUGCUGUCACUGCUGACUUAAGUUCAGAUAAGGAAGUUCUUAUUGCUUUUGCAAAUUCAAUUCACCAUAGCAGUAAGCUUAAGUGGAAUUCCAACAAUUCAAUCUGUUCUACUUGGGUUGGUGUUACUUGUUCACUAGACCGGACUCAUGUCCUUGCCCUUCGAUUGCCAGGGAUUGGACUUUAUGGCUCAAUUCCGGCAAACACACUUGGCAAGCUUGACCAUCUCCGAGUCUUAAGCCUACGAUCGAAUCGCCUCACUGGAAAUCUUCCGUCUGAUAUCUUUUCGCUUCCCUCCCUAAAGUUUCUCUAUCUUCAGCACAAUAGCUUCUCAGGGGAAUUACCAACUUCACUCCCUUCUGCCCUUGAGUCUCUUGAUCUCUCCUAUAACUUCUUGACUGGAGAAAUUCCUACAAGAAUUCAGAAUCUCUCUCAACUUUCUGUCCUAAAUCUGCAGAACAACCUUUUUUCUGGACCAAUUCCUGAUCUCAAGCUCCCAAAGCUGAAACAUUUGAAUUUCAGCGAUAACAAUCUGAAUGGUUCCAUUCCCUUUUCCUUGCAAAGGUUCCCGAAUGGUUCAUUCACUGGAAACCCUCACCUUUGUGGUCCUCCUCUACCCCAAUGCGCUGCAGUUCUCCCUUCACCUUCACCUUAUAACCCUUCUUUGGCACCCCAACCAACAUUUCCUGAGAAUCAUGAGAAAAGCUCCAGGAAGAAAACAAAUUCAGGGUUGAUAAUUGCAAUUGCUGCUGGAGGGUUGGCUGUACUGCUUCUGUUUGCAAUUUUGCUUUUUGUAUGUUUCUUUAAGAGGAAAGAGAGAAAAAGUGGUGGAGAUUCGAAGGGGAAGAGUUCAGGUGGCGGAAGGGGUGAAAAGCCCAGAGAGGAGUAUAGUAGUGGAGUUCAAGCUGCUGAGAGGAAUAAGCUGGUUUAUUUUGAGGGAUGCACUUAUAACUUUGAUUUGGAAGACUUGCUGCAAGCCUCAGCUGAAGUCCUUGGUAAGGGGAGUUACGGGACUGCUUACAAGGCUUCCCUUGAGGAUGGUAUGACCGUAGUGGUGAAGAGGUUGAAGGAGGUGGUGGUGGGAAAGAAAGAAUUUGAGCAACAAAUGGAAAUGAUAGAAACUGUCGGGCAGCACCCAAAUCUUAACCCUCUUCGUGCUUAUUACUACUCCAAGGAUGAGAAGCUUCUAGUUUAUGACUAUGUUCCUACUGGCAGUUUCUCAGCCCUCUUGCAUGGGACCAGGGGCACCGAUAGGCCCGCAUUGGACUGGGAUUCGAGAGUGAAGAUCAUACUUGGAACAGCUUAUGGCAUUGCACAUAUACAUUCUAAAGGUGGUGCAAAGUUGGCUCAUGGCAACAUCAAAUCAUCCAACAUCCUCCUGAAUCAAGAUCUUAAACCCGUUGUCUCAGAUUAUGGCCUCAUGGUCCUAAUGAACCUUCCUGCCAAGCCCUCUCGGAUCGUCGUUGGCUACCGUGCACCUGAAACCAUAGAGGCCCGUAAGAUCACUCAGAAGUCUGACAUCUACAGCUUCGGGGUCCUCCUGCUCGAGAUGCUUACUGGGAAAGCUCCACUUCAGUCUCAAGGGCAUGAUGAUGUUGUGGACCUGCCGCGAUGGGUCCAAUCUGUGGUGCGUGAGGAGUGGACUGCUGAAGUUUUUGACAGAGAGCUAAUGGGAUCUCAGAACACCGAAGAAGAGAUGGUCCAGAUGCUCCAGAUUGCAAUGGCUUGUGUUGCUAGGGUUCCUGAUCGACGCCCAAGAAUAGAAGAGGUGAUUCAAAGGAUUGAGGAAAUCCGACAGUCUGGUUCAGAGAGCCGGCCAUCCUCAGAGGACAGGCACAAAGACUCUAAUGUUCAAACCCCAUGAGAGAUCAGAUGGAGAAACAGAUCCAAACUAUUUCAGAGUUAGUCUUCUGUAGUGAGGUUUGCCCAAAAGGGUGCCUCACACCCCUUGCUAUCUUUCAUUGCAUUAGCCAUUAAGCAUGAUAGUGAUUGUUACAGAUUUGUCAUGUAUUUUGAUCUGGGAUUGCCGUGUGUCAGUGUUUAUUGCAUUAGCCAUUAAGCAUGUUAGCGAUCUGGGUUUGUGCUCUCAUAUCAAAGAUAGACCUAUUGACACGGUUGUAACUGUGUGUUAGAUCUCAAGAAUUGUCUGCCCUAUGGAAAGAAAGAAUUCCUAGUGCUGUGAUUCUUCACAGCAGAAUUACUAGGCACUGACUGAUUGAUGUAGUUGCUGCAAAUGGAGGGCACUCAAUAUUUGGUUUCAUGUUUAUGUCAAUAACUUGUUGCUCCUACAAAUCAAUAGCAAAAAAUCCAAGUUGACAGGUUGAUGGAUUUC